AUCAGAACAAGAAGAAUAAAACAAAAACAAAGAAGAUUUCAUCAAAAAAGGGCAUCGAGGCUGAAGGAACAUAUGAGGCCUUACAUUGUUACACAGAAAUCAGACCCGGCUCUUCUCCACCUAUACACCGGGGUUAAUGCUCUGUGUAAAUACGGCUUUAUUCCGAUCAUUAUAAUAUAUUGAUGAACUUGAUGGCAAUGUAAAUAACGGUAAUGUUCCAGUUCAGAUCAAUGAUUUGUAACAUGUUUUAGAAUGUUACAGAGAAAAUUGCAGUGGUGUGAACUGGUUAGUUGCAGAGCAUCUGAAGCCGUUGCCUGGGGUCUCAAAAGACCCAUCCUGUCAAAUUGCCAAGUGCAGUUUUAGAACAUUUACAAUCAGACGUCUUGGAAUUUUGCAAGGUAGCAUUGCAUUCGAGAGACGGUUUGUGAGGUCGGUAACGGUCGGUAGCAUUAGCUAGCGUUAGCUGACAUUAGUUUAUGUUAAUUACAUUAGCUAGCUAGCUAACGCAACGUUACCUGAUAUGAGAGAUGGCUACUCUGCGCAACGUUGUCUAAACUAAUGUUGCCUUUCUUGACAUGGUCCGGUAGCUAUCGUUAACUGUGCAAAUAGCUAUGUAAUUUAGUAACGUUACAUUGUCAUCAAAUGUAAUAUGAAAUCUACAUCAACAAAUAAUAUGACCUCUCAUGUCACACAAAAACUUUAGGGUUCCAUAACCCCCCCUUCUCUGUUAUUGUAACGCUUGCAGACACUGGGGAAAAAAACAGUACGCCGCUCACACACAAGUGAGUUGAAGACCGAGCCUGUUGUGUUAGCUUCGCCUACCUUCUCUGGCGGACCAACCACUGAUGGGUGAUGGAAAACGCGUCACUAACUAUGCGCCGCUUGUGAUUUUUUCCCGGGAAUGUCGCCACAGACACCCAGUUCUUUAAUCAUAAAUAAUAAUAAUAAUAAUAAUAAUAUAAAUUAAUAUAAUAAUAGGCUCAAUCACCAUUGUGUUACCUAAUUUGGCGAUAGAUAGUGACUUAACAGACAUUUCUUUUAAUGAAAAUCUUUGAGAUUAUUACUUUAACAUUUAGUAAUUAAAAUAAGAAAAAUAUUGAAUUUAACCAGCUAAUUGUACCUUUAUCAAUAUAAAUUAUUCUAAAAAUAAACAAUGUUAUUACAUUUUGUGUAAUUAUUUUAUGUGAAUAUUAUCGUGUGAUAAUAAAUUCAAUACCGGUGAAUGAAUGCUAUGGUAAAUAUAUGCUGUACAUAAAUACAUACAACUUUUGUGUUCUCUGUAUACAGUAAAUGUGGUGUUGUGGUUGAUGUGAUAAGGUCAAGAACAUAUUUUACAAUUGGAGUUUCAUCAAUAAAUAAUUAUUUGUUUUGGAAUUGUUAGUUACGUACAUUGUCAGGAAGUCAAAGCUAUGAAUUUGUCUGAUGGUUUCCUAUCAUUAAACAUUCCAAAGCACCAGCAUGAUAGUUAUAACCUGCAGCUCAUUUAAUACUGGAAAUAUGUUUUUAAAUACGAAAACAGGAAGCAGUUGGGGCUUUCCUGGAGGUGUUUCAUAACAUUUUUGACAUGCCGUACAGCAAGUUUGGCAAGUGUUGUUCUUUUCUUCUGCUGCCUGUUUUCUAAUACUGUGUCCUGGUUUGACAACUCAUAAUGAAACAAAUUCACUGUAGCGCAGUUAGAUUCAGGUGUCUGUCCGUGUGACUAAAAUGUGAGAGUAGAGUGGGACAUAAGGCAAAAUUGAGUAGAAAAAGCUUGAAAAGCCUUAAUUGCAGCUUGGAUUUCUGCUUGGGGUAUGUAAAGAAGUAAAGAAGGCCUUACUUUUCUUAAAUAUUUUUUUUUUCUUUAUUUUUACAUCCUAAAGAGGCUGUUCAAGACACAGGAACUCAUUAGAAUUUGCGGGAACUCUGCUUAAGACAAAAUACUGAAUUAAAAUCUGACACUCCAUCUCGAGUGUUAUCUGUCGAGAACAAAUUCUUCUGAAAUGGCUACAACAACUGAUCCUCUAACAGGGGAUGUAAACACAGAGAAAGAUCAACGUAGACGAUCCAGUGCUGAAUUAGACUGUCCAGAGAUAUCUGGAAUAAAUCAGGUGAGGAUUAUGCUGAUGGGUCGGACUGCAGAAGGACAGAGGUCUGCUGGAAACAUCAUUUUGGGGAGACAGGCUUUCCCUGUUUCAGAAACACAGAAGAGUGAGAAGCAUUGUGGUUCAGUGGCUGGGAGGAACCUGGCAGUGAUCACCACAGCAGAUCUGUUUAACUCAAAUUUCUCUGAAGAGGAACACUCACAAAGGGUUUGGAGCUGUUUGAGCCUGUCUGACCCAGGACCCCAUGUGUUCCUGUGGGUGCAGCAGGAGAGGAACAUCACACAGGAGGACCGAAACGCUCUGAGGAGGUUCAAGAAGUCUUUUGGUGAAGGAGCUUCAAGGUUCUCAAUGGUGCUGUUCAUGCAUGAAGACCACAGGGAAUAUGUCAGUGUUGAUGAUUCAGCUAAACUCGGUGAUGAUGCUCUGCUGGCCUUUAUUCAAGACUGUGGGGGCAGGUAUCACUUCCACAGCCAGAGAAACCAUACACAAGUAACUGAGCUUCUGGAGAAGAUCCAAGAGAUUGUGGAUGAAAAUGGAUGCAGUUACUUCGCCGGGGAGAUCUUUAACUGGCCAGAUAUUGCUUGGAAAGGACUGGAGCGCAAAAAGAAAGAGGUGGCUUCCAGAGAUGAACUGGGUGUUACAGGGGAUGUGAAAACAGAGAAGGAUCCAAGCCCUGACUUUGAGCGUCAAAACAGUACCUUGUGGGCAGAACGUAGACACAGACUUCACUCACAAAGUUUCAAUUGCAAAUGGGACCACAGAGAUCGUGUGAGGAUAGUGCUGGUGGGGAGGACUGGUGUAGGGAAGAGUGCCACAGGAAACACCAUACUGGGGAGAGAGGCGUUUGUUUCCAAGGUUCAAAGUAACUCUGUGACAAAGGAAUGCCAGAAAGAGACAGGAAGAGUCGCAGGAAGAGGGGUAGCUAUAAUUGACACUCCAGGCCUGUUUGAUACCACCCUGUCUACUGAGGACGUCCAGGAAGAGAUCAUGAAAUGCAUGGCAUUGGCAUGUCCUGGACCUCAUGUGAUCCUCUUGGUGCUCUCUUUGGGACGCUUCACACAAGAGGAGAGAGAGACACUCAGAUUUAUCAAAAUGAUCUUUGGUGACAAAGCUGAAAAGUACACAAUGGUCUUGUUCAACAGAGGUGAUGACCUUGGUGAUCAAUCCAUUGAAGAUUACAUUGCAGAAGGUCAUCCUGAGGUCAAGAAGCUGACUGAGGGCUGUGGAGGCAGGUACCAUGUCUUCAAUAACAGAGAAAAGAGGGAGAGACGGCAAGUCAUUGACCUGUUUAAAAAGAUAGAAAAGAUGAACUGGGAUAAUAAAGGAAGCUGCUGCACACGUGAGAUGUUCCUGGAGGCAGAAAUGGCAAUGAUACGAAUACAGAUGUGGAAAGAGAAAGAGGAGGAGGUGAAGAGAGACCUGGAAAUGUGGCAGGCCAAGUACAAAUUAGAAAUUGAAGAUCUACAAAGGGAAAAACAGGAGAGUGAGAAAAAUCUGGAAGAACUACAGAGGAAGAAGGAUAACCUCAAACAACACGAAGAUCAGGAGAGGACAGAAAGAGGAGGGCAACACGAAAGACGAGUAGACCAAGAUAAAGAGCUGGGGGAAUUACUGGGGCACUGGGCCCUUCUAGAGAGGAAAACAGGAAAUGAGGAAGGGAGAGAAGGGGCCAGUGGAACAUGGAGGCCAGAGCAACAGGGUGGAGAGAGUCAGGAGGAUGGAGAGGAGGAAAAAAAACACAAACAAGAGGGAAAAAAGAAACAAGAUGAAGAAGGGAAUGAGAAACUGAUGGGAAUUAUGUCGAGGAAAGAGAGAAAAGGGAAUAAAUUAGACUUUAAAAUGCCAUUUAAAAGGCUGGAGAAAGAGAAAUUCCAAAAGACAAAAGAAAAGAAAAAAAGAGAAGAAAAUGAUGGAGACGAAAAGAAAAAGAGGAAGAAGAAUAUUUUGGAUAAAAAAGCUGGAAAAUCAAUUAACGAGAAAGAAACUGCCAAGUUUUAUGAUGCUGAGAGUCAAGGGGGGCAAGACAGGCCUCUUAUGGAGCAACAUGAUUCAGAGAAAAGACAAGGAGAGGAGGAGGAACAAGAGGGUGAAGAUUCUGCCGGAGAAAAUGUAGCAGUGAGAUUGACAGAAGCAGAGUACAAAAGACUCAUAAAUGAAAUUAAGAAAAAUCAGGAACUUGCAAAGCAGCAAGCAGAAGAGUUUAAAUCCUUCAUGAUGAAAUAUUCACAUCAUUUUGAAGCCUUGCAAAGAAAAGAGGGAGGCAGAUGUGUGAUACAGUGAGCUGAUAAGAGUUCACAUCCUGCUGAUGCACAGCACAUGCAUUGCCUCAUCUGAGGAAUGUGUCUUAGUGAAUGUGGUGAUGGCACGAUUUCACUUCUAAUGUUUCAUAUUGUAUUUCAGAUAUGUAAAUCGGAUUAAUCAUAAAAAUAGUUUUUUGCGUUAUCCUCUGUUUUCCUUAAAUUAAGUGCUUAAAAGUACAUAAAACUUCAAGUGAGUUCCAGUUUUAAUGAACUUCUUUCCUUUGAUCUUUUAAGUUGCAUUCUGCUCCAUUUGCCUCCACAAAAUUUGACAGGGCAUGGAUGGGACCCACAGUCCAUUAAGCACUGUUCUAGAGUAUGGAUGGGCCCCAUGGUCUGGUAACUGUUAAGCACUGUUCUAGUGAAUGGAUGGGACCUGGGGUCUGGUAGCUGUUAAGCACUGUUCUAGUGAAUGGAUGGGACCUGGGAUCUGGUAGCUGUUAAGCACUGUUCUAGUGAAUGGAUGGGACCUGGCGUCUGGUAUCUGUCAAGGCACUAUUCAAGAGCCAAGUCUGUAAUGUCAGCACUAUAUUAAAAAGCAUACAUUUAAUAUACAAUGCAAGAUGUGAUGUCUACACUACAGCUAAUGUCAUGUGUUUAACAUGGAAAGCGAAUUGUGUUAAUUUAUGAAAACUUGAACCAGGAUGAUUUCUGAAGCCAUUCACUAAUACCUCUAUACCAGGAUGGUCCCACAGGGAUGUGACAUUUAUGUUUAGUGCUUAAGAAUGUCUUAAACAUGUCCUGUACCUUGAAGUAGUUAUAGUCCCAAUAUAGGGUUUAAUCCUACAA